AUGGGAUCCAUCAUAGCUGCGAAAUCCAAGUCCCUCCCACCAGGGAUUUACCCCCCAGUUAUCUCUCUUUACAAGUCGACCAUUCGCCAGGAAAUUGAUCUAGAUGCUUCUUAUAAAUUCUUUACGCACUUGGUUCGCGGUGGAGUUCACGGGCUUGUCUUAGCCGGAACCAAUGCAGAAGCUGUUUUGCUCUCCGCCGAGGAGCGCAAGGAGCUUGUCAAAGUCGCCAAAAAGGCUGCAUCUGACCUUGGCCGCCCGGAUUUACCAGUGGUUGCUGGAAUCAGUGGACAAUCAACAAAUGAGUCGAUUCGCCUUGCGGAGGACGCUUUGAGUGCCGGCGCCGAUUUUGGGUUAUUGCUCCCUCCCAAUUACUGGGCUAAGGCCGUCACCAAGGAUGUGAUCCUUGGCUUCUAUCACGAUGUUGCAGACGCAACUGCCCUACCGAUCGUUGUUUAUAGUUUCCCUGCUAUGUGCAACGGCAUCGAUAUGAAUUCCGAUACAUUAUCCGAGCUCGCCCAACACCCAAGUAUUGUCGCUGUGAAAUUGACUUGUGGAAAUGCUGGAAAAGUAACAAGACUCACACAAGAGUUUGAGCACAGUCAAUUCGGGGUUUAUGCUGGCUCUUCGGACUGGCUCAUUCCCUGCUUGGCGGGGGGUGGUAGUGGAUGUGUGACUGGAAUCGCCAAUAUAUUUCCGAAGUGUGUGGCAAGGCUUUACACAUUGUGGAAUACUGGGGACAUCAAGGAGGCCAGGAAGUUGCAAGGAUUGGUGGCUCAGGCGGAGAAAGCAUGCAAGGAAGGGAUUGCGCCAACCAAAUAUGCUGCUUUUCAUUUUGCUGGCGCGGCGGCUGGUUUGACUGACCCCAAGGCAUUUUGGCCCCGAAAGCCCUAUACUCCUUGUAGCGACGAGAAGGCUGCCUGGGUGGAGAAAGUCAUGUCGCAUCUGGUGCAGCUGGAGCAGAGCUUGCCUGACGCCGUGUAA